ACACAAUAUUCAAGCUGGAAAAACGAGGUCGUUCGUGAAACCUAACCUUUUCCAUUCACGGCAUUUUAGCGAAGGUUAUUAACAACUCAAAAUGUCUAUUCGACCAGUCUACCGACCCAAGAUUGUGAAGAAGCGGACGAAGAAGUUUAUUAGGCAUCAAAGUGAUAGAUAUGACAAACUUAAGCGCAACUGGCGUAAACCAAAAGGUAUCGACAAUAGAGUACGUAGGCGUUUCAAGGGCCAAUACUUGAUGCCCAGCAUUGGUUAUGGUAGCAGUAAGAAAACACGUCACAUGCUGCCAACAGGCUUCCGUAAAGUUCUUGUACACAACGUUAAGGAACUUGAAGUCUUAAUGAUGCAAAAUCGCAAGUUUUGUGCAGAGAUUGCACAUGCUGUUAGCAGCAAGAAAAGAAAAGCUAUCGUCGAACGUGCUCAACAGCUUUCGAUACGUGUGACAAAUGCCAGUGCACGUUUGCGAUCGGAAGAGAACGAGUAAGCGUUACUUUUCGUGUAUUUUGGCAAUAAAAUAUUAAAAACAUA